AUGUCAAUUGCUUCAUCGGAUUCCGAAGCUGAGUACCACUGUUACUCGGAAAGAACUUUAGCUAUUAUAAAACCAGAGGCGUACGAGAAUGCUGAGGACAUUGAAAACCAUAUCCGUGCUAAUGGAUUUUCAAUACUAGCUAAACGUCAAGUCCGCCUUACUCCGGAACAAGCGGCCGAGCUAUACAAAGGUCAUUAUGGCAGGCACCACUUCCCUCAUCUCGUGGCUCAUAUGUCUGGUGGACCGAUUGUUGCCCUCGUUCUCGCUGCUAGGAAUUGUAUACAGAAGUGGAGGACUUUGAUGGGGCCAGCUAGAGUUGUCGAAGCCCAAGCCUACUGGCCGGAUAGUCUACGCGCCUGCUACGGGCGACGCACCAAGUAUGGAGACUACUUCAACGCUUUGCACGGCAGCGAAAACCACGCGGAAGCUUUACGUGAAAUACACUUUUUCUUUCCUACAAUGAUCGUAGGACCCUUACUCCGUCGAUGGCAAAUCAGCGACUAUAUUCAGAAAAACUUAUCGCCUACCCUCGUCCCCGCACUAUCAGCUCUCGCUCAAGAAAGACCUUCCGAGCCCAUAGUUUGGCUAGCUGAUUACUUGAACCGUCACAACCCUAACGAACCCCAGUGGGCGCCUAUAGCAAGGGAACAAAGGGAAGAAGAAAAAUGUCAUACGCCACUACCCUCGCAAGAAUCCAUUUUAAAUUAAUUUGACUUUAAAACAUUAUGUAUGUUACGCCAUUAUGGUUACAGAAUUAAAUGACUUCCAAAUUA